AUGCCUGAACCAGCGAAGUCCGCACCCAACAAGGGCUCGAAGAAGGCCGUCACUAAAACCGCCGGCAAGGGCGGAAAGAAGCGCAGGAAGUCCAGGAAGGAGAGCUACGUCAUCUACGUGUACAAAGUGCUGAAGCAGGUUCACCCUGACACCGGGAUCUCUUCGAAGACGAUGGGCAUCAUGAACUCUUUCGUCAACGACAUCUUCGAGCGCAUCGCCGGUGAGUCGUCUCGUCUCGCUCACACCAUCAACAAGCUCAACAAGCGCUCCACCAUCACUUCCCAAGAGAUCCAGACCGCCGUGCGUCUGCUGCGAGAAGGAGGUCUCUGCGGAACAAAAAGAGGCUUUUCCCAAUUUCUGGGCGUCUUCAAACUGAAAUAG